CUGGGCCAGCCCUUGCUCUCGGGCUGAGCCCAGAUGUUGAUCUUCAGCAUGUUUAUAAUGAUUAAGCUCAUCCGCUCCCAGGAGGCGCUGGAAUGUAUGAUGGGAGAGUAUGAGGUAGAUGAAAAGUGCUGCUACCCUUGCGAUCCAGGUUACAGAGUUGAUGGGCAAUGCAGUAUAAUGACAGGCACCAUGUGUAUGCCUUGCGGUUCCGGGACAUACACAGCAGAGCAGAGUGUCCUGAAGUGUCUCCAGUGUAAAGUCUGUGACUCUGAGUCUGGCUUCAUGACCAGAUGGGAAUGUUCAUCUACAUCCAACACCGUGUGUGGCUGUUCUCCAGGCCAUUUCUGCGCUAACAUGAAAGAUGACGACUGUGAGACGUGUGUGCGUCACCGAGUCUGUGACCCUGGCCAAUAUAUGAAGUCUAGAGGCACAGAGAGAAACAACACCAACUGUGAAAAGUGCCAGGCAGGGACAUUUUCCCCGAAUGGAACCCUUGGCCAGUGUCUGCCAUGGACAAAUUGUACUGCACAGGGUUUAUUUGAAGAAAAGCCAGGCACGGACACCAAGGAUGAAUUGUGCUCUCCAUAUAGCAACUAUCAACUCACAUUUAUCAUCAUUCCAUUCAUUGCCAUCGUUGUCAUCGCUGUCAUCGCUGCCGCUGCCAUCAUUUUGGUGGUGAAGUUAGUUAGAAGGAAAAAAAACCAAGCAGACCAUAUUCGUGCUGACAUGAAAGAUGAUGACUGCGAGCUAUCUGUGUGUGUCACCAAGUCUACACCGCUGUCCAAUACGUGAAGUCUGGAGGCCAAAGCAUCACAUGGUGGAAAUAUCUUUGACCCUCUUGAGGCCACUGGUUCAGUCACCAACUUGCCUGGGCAGGAGACUGGACAACAAGAAGAAUCAGCUCUAAUAAGUGAAGUAACAUGCCAGAGUCAGGACAGCAGGGAACCUUGAUUGUGCCCUUGGGAGUACAGUGAAAUGCCAAGGCCAAGUCAUACUCUCUGUCUGUCAUUGGGACAAAGCUCAUCCCCAGCAAUGGUGGCCACCUCCUGCUUGAACCUCCUCCUAGCUUUGGAGCCAGAAGCAUUCCACAUGGCCAGUGAUAUCUAAAGCAGGCCAAAAGUUUCACCACCAACAUCCAGUUCGUAUGUCCUGUCCCAGAGCAGAGCGUGGCAACCUGGGCAACAGUGCCCGAGUUCUGAGAGGGUGAAUGGGCUAUGACUAUGUGUCUGGGAUGAAGAGACUCUGCUUGCCAAGGACCAACGUGAAAAAGGUGGCUGGCCACCUGGUGUUUUACAUAAAGGUUUUUUUUUUAAUUUAUGUUAUAUAAUUUAUUUUUUGUUGUUAUUUAAUUGUUUAGUCAUAUCUUACUCUUUGUUAUCCUAUUUGAAGUCUUCUUUGUAAAGAUACUGGAGCGGUUUGCCAUUUCCUUCUCCAGCUCGUUUGACAGAUGAGGAAACUGGGU